AUGCUCACUUGCACACGCGACGUUAUCACAGUGGAGAUCUGCGGUGCGCUGAAGAACAUUCUCGUACUGGCUGCGGGUAUUGUCGACGGUCUUCGUUUGGGCACCAACACCAAGUCUGCCGUCAUCCGCCUGGGACUCUACGAAAUUGGCCAGUUCUGCCAGUACAUGUACGCCAAAUACGUGUCCUCAUCCGACCUGCUAAACAUAUUUCGUAUUUGUUCCCACUAA